AUGGCCACUUUUUACGCCCAAGUUUCCUUCGGGAACACGUUCCUGGUCGACCUCGAACUCUACGAUUCCGAGCCUUUUGAGAACGUAGACUCGCUCGGUAGCCAAAUCCGUAUCAACUCUGCGAUCUUCCAUCACUACACUAAAUUCAUGGAGCAGUUUGCACGCUUACAUCACAGUUUAGAAAGGGCAUUCAAGUGGGUGCAGCAAGCUCGUACCGCUAUCAAGGACCGCCACCUGACAGGAGAAGCGCCAGAGGAGGAGCUGAAGGAGACGCUCACAAGCACGGGUCUGAUGCAGAAAGGAAAGGAUAUCAUCGAAAGCUCGGCGGCGGCGAUCGACGUAAUGGAAAACCUUCGCGGAGGAGCCUAUAAUGAUGAAGACGACGACAGAGGCACGACUGACUUCUGCAUUUUGAGAGAGGCUUACUACCACUACUCCCUCAUGGGCCUUACCCGUACUUUUUGGGACCCGGUAUGGAAACUGGUCGAUGAAGACUUGCCUCAUGUUGGGGACAUGCCCGACCUCGAGGCCCACGGCGAAUUCGUCCGCGAGCGAAUUGCGCAGAGGAUGCCGGUUGUGGGGAUGGAGGCGUGGAGCUACCUAAUCAUUCUCACCGGCAUUGGUAUGGAGUCAAGCACGCAUGAGAACAGGAAGAGGUUGACUGAGCUUCUCUAUGGUGUCAUGGGAAAGGGUUUUGCGACUGCAGCGGCCUUCUUGGAAGACAUGAAGCUGGUUUGGGGGUGGACUAUGUAUCGGCGCACAAUGUGUCCGGUUUGUGUCAUGAUGGAGAAGAGCUGUUGCGAGAUGCAUUGUGAUAGACCAUGCUUCUUUAGAUCUCACCGGGUCGUCCAAGAAGUGUCACACAGAUGCAAUGAAUAA